GCGGGCACGGGAAAAGGCGGCUCUGGCUGGGGCGGCUCGCCUUCCUGCGGCUAUAUGGCUGGGUUCGUCCGCUCGCGGUCUUCCUUGGCUGUCCUCGCCGCGUCCCAUCGCGGAGUUUCUGCCCGGGAGGGGCUGUCCUCCCGUCCGCCGAGCUCCCUCGACGGCAGAGCUCACUCGCUCGCCUGUGGGAGCGUCCCGGCGGAGCAGCCCUGAGGCGGGAGGGAGGCCAUUCUGUCCCGACCGACUCCCCGGCACCGGGCGGAGCGGCUGGGAGAGGCUGCGGAGCUGCGGUCGCCGCCCUACGCCGCCACCGUCGAGGCUUUCUUGAGGAGCUGUUCCUUGGUCGCCCGCAUCCGCUCGAGCCCUCCUUUUUUUCCCACGCUUCCCCGGUCCUCCGGCCCCAGAACGCCCGGGUGAGGAGUUGGCCGUGGAGAGAAGGACCGAUCCCUGGGGGCCGCCGGCGGCGAGAGCCCGAGCCGCUCCUCCCAAGGGCGAAGAAGACGUGCGACCUGCUUUUCCAGCUGCUCCUGAUCGGGGUCGGAGUGGGGAAGACCUGCGUCCUUUUCCGUUUUCCAGAUGAUGCCUUCAAUACCACCUUUAUUUCCACUAUAGGAAUAGACUGUAAGAUCAAAACAGUUGAACUACAAGGAAAGAAGAUCAAGCUACAGAUGUGGGAUACAGCAGGCCAGGAGCGAUUUCACACCAUCACAACCUCCUACUACAGAGGAGCAAUGGGCACCGUGCUAGUAUAUGACAUCACCAAUGGUAAAACUUUUGAAAACAUCAGCAAAUGGCUUAGAAACAUAGAUGAGCACGCCAAUGAAGAUGUGGAAAGAAUGUUACUAGGAAACAAAUGUGAUAUGGACGAUGAAAGAGUUGUACCUAAAGGCAAAGGAGAACAGAUUGCAAGGGAGCAUGGUAUUAGAUUUUUUGAGACUAGUGCAAAAGCAAAUAUAAACAUUGAAAAGGCGUUCCUCACAUUAGCUGAAGAUAUCCUUCGAAAGACCCCGGUAAAAGAGCCCAACAGUGAAAAUGUAGAUAUCAGCAGUGGAGGAGGUGUGACAGGCUGGAAGAGCAAAUGUUGCUGAGCGUUCUCCUGUUCUACCCGUUGCCAUCCACCACCCGUUUCUCUUCUUGCUGCAAAAUAAACCACUCUGUCCAUUUUUAACUCUGUUAAA